AUGGUGGCGACACAGUUUAUCACGCGAUUUGGUCGGGCGAACACUUUGAUUCAUAGGUCACCGUUGGGUCAAACUGUGCGGCGAUGGGCAUCAACUGGAGGUGACGUGGAAGUCACCGUUCGGGAAGCGUUAAACACGGCAUUGGAUCAGGCAAUGGAACGUGAUCCGCGCGUGGUCAUCCUUGGCGAAGAAGUUGCGCAGUACCAGGGCGCUUACAAAGUCACCAAAGGUUUACUCGAAAAGUACGGUACGGAACGUGUGAUCGACACGCCGAUCACGGAGCAGGGUUUCGCGGGUCUCGGUGUCGGUGCCGCGUUCACUGCGACGCGAGGUUCAGAGCCGCGAGGUGGUGCGCUGCGCCCUGUAGUGGAGUUUAUGACCUGGAACUUUGCUAUGCAAGCAAUAGAUCAGAUUGUGAACUCAGCAGCGAAAACACACUAUAUGAGUGGAGGCCGCAUUAAAGUGCCGAUCGUGUUUCGAGGGCCGAACGGUGCCGCUGCGGGUGUCGCAGGUCAACACUCGCAGUGCUACGCUGCCUGGUACGGACACGUACCAGGCCUGAAGGUCGUGAUGCCCUUCGACGCAGAAGACGCCAAGGGACUUCUCACAGCGGCGAUUUUGGACGACAAUCCCGUUUGUGUGCUUGAAGAUGAAAUCAUGUAUGGACGGAGCUUUAAGGUCUCGGAACAAGUCAUGAAGCCGGAUUUUGUCGUACCACUGGGGAAGGCAAAAGUUGCGCGUUCGGGCAGUGAUUGCACAGUGGUUGCACUGGGUCGGUAUGUGGGGCUUGCGCUGCAGGCCGCUGAAGAAUUGCAGGCCGAGGAUGGCAUCCAGGUGGAGGUUAUUAAUCUGCGAACUAUUCGACCCAUUGAUGACCAGACAAUCAUUGAAUCCGUGAUGCACACACACCGAUGUGUGACUGUGGAGGGCGGCUUCCCCCAGAGCGGUGUCGGGGCAGAGAUCUGUGCGCGAAUCCUAGAGUCUCCAGCGUUUGAUUAUCUGGACGCCCCGUGUGAGCGCGUCACUGGUGCAGAUGUUGUCAUGCCCUAUGCAAAGAAUCUGGAAGAGCGCGCCUUGCCGUCUGUAGAUGAUGUGAAACGGGCAGUGCGACGCCAGUGUUCACGGCCAGGGCUGGAGGCGGCUGCCAACAGAGCCGCUGUCCUCGCUGGCCAAUCGUGA